GUGUGACAAAUAUGCAAAAAUAGACUACAAUAUUGCAGAAAUAAAGAAAGACCCAAUGCUUUCUGCAACUAGCUCCUAUAGUCCUAACUCUUGUGCGGUUGACUGUGUUGUAUGUGUACAGUUUUGUGAAAUUAUAGCUUAUUAUUUAAGUGGAAACAGGCACUACAUUUGCCAGGUUUUUUAUUUGUAAUCUCUUUUUCGGGGACAGAAUGCUUUGUUAUAACGUAAAAGCACUGUAGCAGUUAAAAUGGGGUGGAUUGAGAGUUAAAUGACGAAUGAAGUAAACGGAAGCGUGUAACGGUUAACUGGAGACCAUAGCUUUUCCGCUCGUCUCUAAUUCUUCGCUGGCUGUGCUACGCUGCCCGAGGACAUGAUUGCGCGGAAACAUUCAGAUAAAACGGUGUCUCUCUUCAGCAGCAGCGAAUAGCCUUCAGUUUCACGUCCCGACCAACAACAGAAAGCAUCGAAGGUUCACAGGGAUGCGCGAACACGGCCUGGUACCUCGAUAUAAGGCAACCAAUUUGUCACUGUGUGGGGCUGUCUGUGCCUGAGAGAACCGCCAGCGUUGAGGGUAAAGGUGGACACAUCCUCUGGCAUCUUCAGGCAAACACCUCUGGUGCCCUGCCGAGUGGACCUCUAACCACAACACUGCACGUCUUGAAAAUAAUACUUAUCAACAUGAUGACAGAGUGGAGUUGGAGUUAAAGUGACUGAAAAGACCUGUGAAGUGAUAAAGAGAGGUUGGUGCAUGGUAGGAGCUGCUUGUCAAAUCUGUGCCACUGGUUGAGGAUCAAUGGUUGGUCGGGGAUUAUGGAGCUGCAAAAGUCGUUUUGGCAAACGCAAUGGCAGGUUUGGGGUGAUGCCUGCUCUCUGUGUAGGCAUCACAGGCGCCUCCCUCCUGGCACUACUCUUCAUCGACAGCAUUGAGCUGUGGGCAACGUCACGAGGAAUGACAGGGUUUGUCAAAGGACCAACUCAGGGGGGGCUUUUACCUCAGAGUAUGCCACCCACACGGCCAGAGGAGUACCUGCUGAUGCCCAGCCCCCUGGUGUGUCAGCGUGCCAAGCCUUAUCUCAUCAUCAUGGUGACAACAGCCCCAUCCAAUCAGAGGGCACGACAGGCCAUCCGGGACACAUGGGCAGGCGAGCUGGAGGUCCGUGGUAAGCGGGUACUCACCCUCUUCAUGGUGGGCAUGCCAGCAAACCCCACCAUGGGCAAACUGCUUGUGGUGGAAGCACGAGAGCAUGGGGACCUAGUCCAGGGCCGCUUCCAGGACACCUAUGGCAAUCUAACCCUGAAGACUCUGGCCAUGCUUGGUUGGGUACGCCGGUUUUGCUCUCAAGCACGCUUUGUGGCCAAGGUGGAUGACGACGUACUCUUCAAUCCACCUGCUCUUCUGCGCUUCCUGGACCACAGCCAACCUCCUCUGCAGACACCAGACGGUCAGCCAGCAGACCUUUAUCUAGGCCGCGUCCACCUGCAUGUGAGGCCUGACCGCAAUCCUUCCAGUAAGCACUUUAUGCCCACCCAGGCCUACGCUGGUGCUGUGUUCCCAGACUACUGCAGUGGGACCGCCUAUGUGCUCUCACGUCCUGCCCUCCUCAAGCUCUCUCUGGCAGCUGCAGCCACCCCCCUGCCACACCCUCUGCCCCCUGAGGAUGUGUUUGUUGGCUUGAGUGCUCAUGCAGCGGGCAUCAUACCCACACAUAGCCCGCUCUUCUCAGGGGGGCCAGCUGUGCCUUACGGCCGCUGCUGCUACCAGGCCAUGGUGUCAGUGCAUCAUGUCAUGCCAUCAGAGAUGGUCCGCUUCUGGGCAGAUGCCCACACCUCGCCCCCCUGCUCUUGGUUGGGCACACGAGCCUCUCUUGGGGUCUGUAAGGUACGAGCACUGCUAGGGACACUGAUAGGGUCAUAGGCUGCUUUCUGAGGAGAAUGAGAGCCGCUGUUAGGGUGCCAAAGGAAAGACUGACAGGAAAUGGGGGCAGUUUACAUCACAUGACACCCACACACACACAAACACUAUUACACACAAAUAGAUGCACUAACUAUACACAGUUUAUACCUACAGUAUUGCAUAAGACAAGAUGAACAAUACACAUAACAGGUGAAAGAUACUUAAGGCAUAAGCACAAACCAAGCAGUAGCAUUGAAAAAUCACUGUGUAGUAUGACAAUUCAAAUUCAGUUUUACAGCUUAACAUUCCUGCUUUGAAUGUAUAUUACUACAUUUUUUUGUUAAAUUAAGCCAAAACAGGGUCUGCAAAGGCAUUACUAUUGAAGUCUCUGUGACCUAUAUGCACUAUGCCAGAAGAAAAGGUGAUUCAAAAUGAAUUUGCUUAUCUGAACAGUAAUGGUUUCAGUCAAGAAGGCUAUGCACAAUACUGUGGCAAAUGUGGGGUCAUGGGUAGGAAAUCAACUCAGUGGAAUUUGAGUCACCCAAAGCCUUUCCUUGUUAGAUGUAUGUUCCUGUAGAUUCAGAAGGUUGAAACCUUUCCAAGUGUUUUGCAUUCCAUUUUUAUUAGGGUUUCAUGCUUGUUUAGUGCUAAAGAAAUGUUAUCAUACAUCAUUGCAAUGUAUUGUGGGGGGAACAGAUCUGAGCCACGUAGAACAUUUUUGAUCAAAAGGAAUGGUCUCAACAGUGCAUACACUUUAUCGAUGUCAGUUACUAUGGACGUCCACUGCUUACGUAAGCAGACAUUUAUACUGUAUAUGUAAUGAGUAAUGCAGUAUUUUAUUUAAGACAAUGUAGCACUGUCCAGGGUGUGAGGAACAGUCGUCACAAAUGCACUAUAUUUUUUUCAGAAUGGUUCAAGGAGCCUUGACAAUGUGUGAAAUGCCUCUUUUUACCUGGGGGUUGUUUGAUCCAAUGAUCUAUGGAUAUCUAUGUGUCUUUGUGAGGUCACAAGUGUAAAUAGAGAGGGUUUGUGGGGGAAAGCAUGGAAGUAUUAGUUAGCAGCACUGGGUAAGGUAAAUAGAAACCGUUCUAAUUGGCUUAUGCAUUAAAAUAGUUUGAAGCAACUGAAUGUGAAAAUGUGGAUUAAAUGUUUUACUUUCUCAACUGUUAGGUGUGAGUGCAUUCACAUGAUUAGGGAAGGCUGAAAUGUUGUUAAAACAUAAAAAAAAAUGACUUCAUAAAAAGAUAAUAAAACUUUAAAAUAAA